UGUAGUUCCGAUUCCCCUCUUCCAUUGUCCCCUCAACCUCCUACAAGUUCCCUUCCUACUUUCAAUCUUCUAUAAGCAACGAGCCACGAGCAGGUCUUGUUUAAUACUUUAGACGCAUCUAAAGCUCAAAUCAUGUGCCAGCAGCUCAUUCAUACCACCAGACACAUGUGCGGACAUAAGAUCGAUUCUCCGGGAACGAUCAUGGAACUCGAUCGUUGUAAUAAUUGCGGUAACAUUGUACGAACACAACACCUGGGCGUGUCAACUAAAAGAGUCCCAUGCUCUGACUGCAAGGCCAACGGUGCUUAUGUGCAGAGGGGUGGAAAGUGGGAGAGAGCUUAAAUUGUUGCUGGUGGAGAAGUCAGUGUUUAUGGCAAAUGUUCUUAUUUGGUGUGAAUUUUGUGCCGAGUACCGACAGCUAGUUUCUAG